AUGGAGGCUCACGCACUACCUCUUGUGGUGCCGGGCACGCUGCACAAGGACCAGAAGAAGGGUCGCACGCUGCGUGGAAAGAGCGGCAAGCACCUGUGGUUCCAAAAACAGGGUGGGAAAGUCUAUUACGCCACCAAGAACAACGGCGGCGAGAUCGGCGAGUCGAACGCCAAGGGCUUCAUUCCAUGCGCGGGUAUCCUUCGCAUGUUCGAGCUGACCGAAGAGACAGCCGUCGCGCCCGCCACCGCUCCAACGGGCGACACCGCCACCGCAGCAGCAACGCAUGCGCACCAGGUCGAGCUGCUCACCACCGAGGGCCGCAUCGUGCUGACCUUCGCCUCGAAGGACGCCGCAGGAGCGUGGAUGGCCGCGGUGCAGAGUGAGAUGCAGCAGCGGUCGCUGAGCGACCCGCGACGCAAGUUCACGAUCGAAGACGUGCGCAUGCCGGCCGCCAGCCUCGGCGGCGGCGGCAGUGAUGACUGCUCGGGUGGUGCCGGCGCUGUGCCGCCUUCGCCGAGGAGCGCAGGCGGGACCAGAGGACACGACGACGACGACGACGACGAAGAGGAAGCCCGCAUGUCGAAGAUCGGCAGCUUCAUCCGCGGCAAGGCCCGACGCAAGCGCAGCUCGAGCGACAAGGAGAAGGGCAAAGAUAACAACAACGGCAACAGCAAGGGCAAGGACGGGCUGUCGGUGGAGGAGACCGAGCGACCCGCGGCCACGAUUGCGUCGGGGACCUCUGAGGGCCGCAAGCGGCCGCCGCUCCCCUUCUCCUUCCGCAGCCGAGACGCGCGCGCGACGGUGGUGGUCCCGCCCCACAACAGGGAGAAGGGGGAGAGUGAGCAGGGCGGCGUCCAGGUGGUGUCGACCUUCUCGUCGCGCAACAUCCCCAUCGAGAUCAUGAACGCGCUCGCGGGCGUCAACAGCGGCGGCUCGACGCUCCCCGUCCCCCUGGUGUCGCCGGUGCGCAGCAGCAGCCCAACGGGCGAGGCCACGGGUGGCGAGGUGCUGUCCACGACGCCGCCGAAGGACGACGACGGCAAGAUGAGGGCGCGCCAUAUGACGAUGGCGACCGACUCGCCCAAGCUGGUGCACGCCAUUGCGCCCCACUCGCCGGCCACCAUGUUCGCCCAGGUGGUCAAGGAAGGGAGCACGAGCAAGGUGCUAUUCCUGCCUGGCGAAGACUUGAAGGCCGGUAUACGAAACGUGCUCGUCCUGCUGCGCGGAAGAGCCGAGACUGCACGCGAGGGGUCUCUCUACAUCACAAACUAUCGCCUCCUUUGGCGCAAUCCAUCGAAUCGAAACGACAUCCUGUCUAUUCCCUUCCACUCCAUCCGGGAUAGCGAGGUGUCGGCCAACCAAGAAUGCCUCUUUAUCGAGUGCGCCGAUUUCCGCAGCCUCGAAGUCUACUGCAAGGGACCUCAGGGCAAGGGCGUCCAGCCCGAGAAGCAGAGGCUUAUGCAGUACGAGGACCAGAAGACCCUCCGCCGGGAGCUUCGGUCGCAUCUGUCGCACUUGAGCCUGGCCGAGCUGUUCGCCUUCCAGAACAAGGAGCGAUUCCCUCUCGAAGCCGAGCUGGCCGGCUGGCCCAUCUACGAGCCACGAACCGAGGCCCAGCGAUGGCACCUCUCCAUGGACCAGUGGCAAUUGGUGGAGAACACAAAGUUCAAGCUGAGCCCGUCGUACCCGCCACACAUCAUUCUUCCCUCAUUCCUUAAUAAGAGAUCCAUCGCAAACGCCUUGGAUAACUACGCCGAGCGGCGCAUUGCGGCCCUCUGUUGGAAGGACCCCAACAUCGACACCGCGCUCAUUUUCCGUUCGGCCACGUCGAGCAAGUACACGCUCCUGUCUGACAUCGCGCGGGUGCGGUCCCACCCGACCAUUCACCUCUUCAACAUCACCUUCUCGGCGACGGAAAAGAAGGGCGGCGUCGCCGGUGCGAGCGAUUGGGAGGGGCUCGAGGUGAGCGACGAGACUGCUCCAGUGGUCAAGGAAGAAUUUCUGUGCAACGAAGAUCACCUCAACGUGAUCAACCUGGAGCUCCCGUCACCCGCGUCGGUGGGACUCAGCUUCGCCCGACUGAAGAAGGCCGUCAGCGAGCUCGCCUUCAUCAUCCCCAACGACCGAGAAAACUGGAUUCCGGCCUUGAAAGCCACGCGAUGGCUGCACAACAUGCGCCGGUUGCUCGAAGCUGUGGCCAAGGGCGUCUCCACCCUACAAAUGCGCGAGCCGAUCGUCGUGCAGAGCAUCGACGGCAAGAACUGUGUGCCACAGAUCACCUCUCUCAUCCAGCUGUGCGUUGAUCCGUACUAUCGAACAUUCAAGGGCUUCAGCACCCUCGUCGAAAAAGAGUGGAUCAGCUUCACGCAUGACUUCGGCCAGGGUCGGAAGAAGCCGCACGGCAAGAAGGAGGCCAAGAAGAGCAAGGUCAGGGGGAACAUGACCCACAUCUUCGUGCAGUUCAUGGACGCCGUGUGGCAGCUCUGGAGCCAGUGCCCGCGCAGCUUUGAGUUCUCCGAGAGUUACUUGCUGUUUAUCUUGGACUCCCUAUACAGCGGCCGCUUCGGCACCUUUUUGGGAGACAACUUCUACAAGCGGCACAAGCACAAGCUCGUGCACAGCACGGUGUCGGUGUGGUCCUAUCUGUAUGCCAACCGUGCGAGCUACACCAACCCGCUCUACAGCGAAGCACACAGCCACCGCCACACGCUGGGCAAACCCAUCACCAUCGCACCGCUGCUGGCACGCCCCCCUCCCGCCCGGCCCCUUCAAACUGGCCGCGUGGCCUGGCUGACCGAAAUGAGUUUGUUGUCGACUCCACAGGCCAAGUUCUGGUCGUCCUACUUCCUGCAGUUUCAAUGCCGUGAUACGCUCAACCACGCUUCGCUCAUCAUCGACGCCACGUUUGGCCCGCGAGAAGAGCUUGGCCUGUCGAUGGGGUCAUCAUCGUCCAGCGCCUCGUCGUCCGCUCCGGCGAUCCAGGCCAUCCGCUCGUCGUCACCCACGCUGCUCUCGCCCCUGCCCUCGCCCUCGCCCUCCUGGGCGUCGCCGAUGACCGAGACCAGCGACACUCUGCUGUCGUUCACCGACUCCCCGCGCUCGAGCCAGAGCCCGCUCUCGCUCUCGACCGCGUCCACCGACGAAGACUCCUCGGCGUCAUCCGCAUCAUGGGCUGCUCAACAGACGGACUCGUCGUGCUCGCAGCGCGGCAGCGUGUCGGCACUCUCGUCGCAGACCUCGUCGGCGUCGUCGUCGCUGAUCGUGCCCGCGCUCAACCUGGCGCGCAAGGGCCUGCACAGCAUACCAGCCGAGCUGUCGGCCACGGACGACCGCCGGUUCGGGCACAUGACGGGGCUCAACCUGAGCAACAACAUACUCAGCUACUUCUCGUUCCUGGUGGCCCACCUGCGCCAGCUCGAGGUGCUCAACCUGUCGACCAACGAGUUCCGCGAGAUCCCCGAGCUGCUGGCCCAGUCGUUCGUCGAGCUCACACGGCUCAGGGAACUGGACAUCAGCCACAACAAGAUCUAUCGGCUGCCGGCCCAGCUGUCGCUGCUGACCAACCUGCAGCGGCUUGAGGCCAGCCACAAUCGGCUGCUCUACACCCAGCAGGGCGACGAGGCCACCAGCGAGCGGCUGUGGGGCCUGUCGGGCGACGGCGGCGCGACGGCCACGCGGCACACGCUGGCCUCGUUCGACUUUGCGCCGCUGGCCGACUCGCUCGAGUACCUGUCCAUCUCCUACAACUCGCCGAAGGCCAAGCACGCGCCGAGCGGCGGCGGUGCGACGGCCAGCAGUCGCUGUUCGGCCUCGCUCGACCUCCACCUGUUCCCGCGGUCGCUGCUCGCGCUGACCCACCUGACGACCCUCAAGUUCCACGGCAACAACAUCCCCUACCUGCCGCCCAACUUCUUCGCCACCUUCAAGCGCCUGCAGGACCUGGACAUGGGCGACAACGCCAUCACCAUCCUGCCGUCGGGCCUCGGCGGGCUCCAGCUCACCUCGCUCAACAUCAACAACAUCGAGCUCAAAGAACUCAUGCCCCAGGAGGUAUUCCAGCUGGAUGGCACGCUGCGGGAGCUGCACGCGCAGGGCCUGCGACUGGUCAAACUGCCGCCGGGCUUCUCGGCGCUCACGGCGCUGGAGACGCUCGAUUUGUCGAACAACGUGCUCAGCGCCUUCCCCGAGAGCCUCCUCACGCUCUCCAACCUGCAGUGCCUGACCCUCAACGGGAACAACCUCACCACGCUGCCCACCGGCAUCAAGCACCUCAAGAAUCUCGAGAAGCUCUACCUCAAGAAGAACGAACUCGUGUCCCUCGUGCCCGAGAUCGGUUUCUGCAAGGCGCUGGGUGUGCUGGAUAUCAGUGAUAACAAGAUCAAGGAGCUCCCACCGCAACUCGGUGCCCUGCCACGCCUCCGACGGCUCAUCAUCGGAAAGAACAUGCCGCUUGUGUCGCCGCCGAUCAAUAUCGAAGCCGAGGGCGAGGAGGCCGUGCUCGGGUUCAUCAAGCAGUUCAUCAACGGGUUCGAGCGGUGCUACCGCUACAAGCUCAUGCUCGUGGGCCAGGAGAACGUUGGAAAAUCGACACUGCUGCGUUGCCUCAACAGCCAGCGAACGCAGCGAAAGCCGGACGCCCAGCAGCCCAAUAUCUCGACCGACGGCAUCGACAUCGGCGAGUGGACCAUCAAGGUAACGCGCGACAACGAGACCAAGGAGAUCUCGCUCACCACUUGGGACUUUGCUGGCCAGGAGUUGUAUUAUAGCACACAUCAAUUUUUCCUCUCGGAGCGUUCGCUCUUCCUCCUGGUCACCGAUGUCUCCAAGCCGCUCGAGUUCUCUCGCCUCGACUUCUGGCUCGAAUCGAUUCGUUCGCGGACCAAGAGUGCGCAGGUCAUCAUCGUCGGCACCCACAUUGACGAGAAGAUCUGUACGUCCGAGUACUUGGAAGCCAAGGAAAAGGAGAUCAGAACCAAGUACCUCGCGCGCUACCCCAACAUCCACGCACUCUGCCUCAUCAGUUGCUCGAACGGCAAGAACAUGUCGGCGCUGCAUGCCAAGAUCGAAGAGAUCCUCUCCUCGGAGGUCCACCUCGGCGAAUUCCUCCCCAAGAGCUAUCUCGAGCUUGAGCGCAUGAUCCUACAGCAACGCAAGAACAGAGCCGAGGAGGGCCUGCCUCCGAUCGCGCUGUGGAGCGAGUACAAGUCGUGGGCGGAGCUGUGCCUCAUCGAGAACGAGAAGGAGCUCAAGAUCGCCACCACGUUCCUCCACAACCUGGGCUCCCUCCUCUACUUCAGCGGCGACGAGAACCUGGCCGACGUGGUCAUCCUCGACCCGCAGUGGCUCACCGACGUCAUGGCCACCAUCAUCACCACCAAGCACAACUACCUGGGCCGCGAGGGCUACGAGGGCAUCCUCCAGCACUCGGUGCUGCCGUUCAUCUGGCGCCCGCCCACCUUCCCCGACGACCUCCACGGCUUCAUCCUCUACCUCCUCAACAAGUUCGAGAUCACCUUCACCCUCGACGACGACGACGACAACAGCAACGACAACCAGGAGGGCGAGGGCGAGGCCCUGUCGCUCCUCUCGUUCCUACCGACCUCGGCCCAGGUGACGUCAUCACCCGACCAGCCCCAAGCGCAGGCGCAGGCCCAGACGCUGAGCGCGUCGUCGCCACUGCCGGCCGACCACACUGCUUUGUUGUCGACGGGAACGCGAUCGCGCUCGCCGUCGCUGGCCACGUCGGCACCGCCUCAGCUGCCGCCGGCAACGUCGCCAACAGCAGACGAGCCCGCGUCGUCCGCCGAGGCCGCGGCGCAGCCACAGUCGCAGACCCAGACCCAGACCGUGGUGCCCACGGUCACUGUGGACCCGGCCGUCGCGGCGCUCAAGCGGAAGAGCACGCGCGAGCUGCUCGAGCGGCUGGUCAACAAGCGCAUCUCGCGCAAGCGGCGGCUCAAGGGCUGCAGCCUCGUGCCCGCGCUCCUCUCCACCAAGCGGCCCGACGACCUGGCCUCGGUCUGGCCGCCGCGGCGCGAGGGCGACGGCGUGCUCGAGUAUGGCCGCAUCUACACCUUUGACUUUGCGCCGUCGGGCUUCUUCGCCAAGGUGAUGGUAUUUGUGGAAUUCGAUCCGACGCAGAAGGUGCUCAGCGUCACCAUCCGCGCCGAGGACCGGGCACACGCCGACAUGGGCGGCGCCGCGGCCGGCCAGCCCCAGAACAGCCAGGUCGCGCUGCCGCCGUCGCCGGCGGAGAUCGACCAGCGCGACGAGGAGAAGCUGCAACAGCAGGCCAAGGAGCAGAAGCAGAAGAAGAAAAAGAAGAGCGGCAAGAAAGAGAAAGAGAAAGAGAAGGAAAGCGAAGGCAAGAGUGCGGAGCCCGACGCGAAGGAGGAGAAGCCCAAGAAGAAGAAAAAGAAGAGCCGACGCGAGAAGCCGGAGAAGAGCGACGCGAAGGACUUCUCGGCGACGGCUGCGGGCACCACCGCGAGCAGCACCGCCAUGAUGAUGGGCAGCAGCGACGACGUCGCCAACAGCGAUGGGACCGUCGUCGAAGCCGGGAAGGAGACGCCCAGCUUCCAGCUCCUGUCCCUUCUCGUCUUCUCGACAAUCGACGCCCUCGUCCGCGAUUGGUUCAAGCUGGGCGUGGAGAUCACGGUGCCGUGUCCGCAUUGUAUAGCUGGCAACCUGCCGAACGCGACCACGUUCUCCUUCACCGAGCUGCAGCGCGCCCUGCUGCGACCCGAGAAUGCCUACAUCAUGUGCAAGAACGUGGGCAAGUUCGGGUACGCGCAGCUGAUCCGCAUCGAUCGGCUCAUGCCUGACGUGGCCAUGCUCCACCUCGACGACGCCAAGAUCGAGUUCUCCGAAGUCACCCUCGAUGAGGAGAUCGGUUCGGGCGGCUUUGCGGAUCUGUACAAGGGCAAGUGGCGGGACGAGGUGGUGGCCAUCAAGAAGUUCAAGUUCACCGACGACGAGACGCUCGCGCCCGACGACGUCCUGCAGGCCCUCGAGGAGUUCCGCCAGGAAGUCUGGAUCAUGGGGGGCUUGCGCCAUCCUAACAUCGUGGCGCUGCGGGCCUUCUGCAUGGAACCGUGCUGCAUCGUCGAGGAGCUGGUCACCGGCGGGAACCUCCUCUCCUUCCUCCACUCCCCCGCAGAGCUCGACUGGACGCUGCGGCUCAAGAUCCUGAAGGACGUGGCCAAGGGCUGCGCCUUCCUGCACGGGACCACCCCGCCCGUCAUGCACCGCGACCUCAAGACGCCCAACAUUUUGCUGGUGAGCACGUCGCCCGACGCCGACCUGGUGGCCAAGGUGUGCGACUUCGGAGUGUCGAUCAACUCGUCGGCGGCCGCGCUCGGCCGGAAAGUCGACUGUCCACUGUGGCUCGCGCCGGAGGUGAUGAUGGGGAAGCCCUACACGGGCAAGGCCGACGUGUACUCGUUUGGCGUCAUCUGCUGGGAGUCCAUCGCCCGCAAGCGAUUCUUCGAGGAGAUCAGCUUCAUGAGCCUGAUCGAGGAGAAGGUGAUCGCCGGCAACCGACCACCGAUCCCGGAGCAAUGCCACCCCGAAUUCGCUGAGCUCAUCAACAGCUGCUGGCACCAAGACCCGAACAAGCGGCCGACGUUCGCGCAGGUGGUGGAGCAGCUGCGGCAGAUCAUGGCGCGGUACUGCCCCGAACACGUCGACUACGACCGGGACGUCAUGGCGCGAGAGGAGGCGCUCGAGCGGCAGCGGCAGGAGCGCAACAGGCAGUACCGGCUCGAACAGAACAACGCCGACCGCGAAGGCGAGAACGAAAACGAGAGCGAAGAACGAAGCGAAGAGGAGGGGGGCGAGUCGGGCGAGGCCUCCGCCAACACGAUGAUGGUGAGCGCCGUCUCGCCCAAGCCGUUGCGGAAGCGGGGUCCCAGCAUCAACGUGGUGCAGCAGGCCCUGGCCUGCAGGGACACCGCCCAGGCGACGCGCAAGGCCAUGCUCGACCAGCUGCGUCAGAUGAGCCGCCAGCGCGACCUGCCCCACACCUUCUCCCUCGCCCUCGCCCUCCCCGAGCCCGAGCAACUCACCGCCGCCGCCUCUCCCGCCGCCGACGCGCCCACGGCGGCCGCGACGCCACGACUUGCCGACGAGGCUGCGGCGAUGAAGGAGAGCGACGCGUCGGCGAUGAUGCCUCUCACUCCGCGGGGCCAGUCGGGCGAGCCUGCGAUGAACGAUGCCGCGCCGCCACCCUCCGCCACCGACGAUGGUGGUGCGACUGCGGCGGCGGCGGGCACGGCGCCCGAGGACGAGGCCAAGCUCAAGGAGAAGGAGGAGCGCAAGCGGCGGGUGGAGGAGAUCCGCGCCAAGAUGCAGAGGCAGACCUCCAGCCGCAUCAGCGUGCCCAAGGGCGGCUCCAACGCGCCGCUGUCGCCCCGCCCGACCAACCAGGACCAAGGCUAG